AUGAGAAAUGUUCAAGUCAUUUAUGAUGAUCAAGUGGUCGAAAGGACCGCAUCCGAAGCUAUGAAUGUUAUUGCUGCUGUUAAACGCAGUCGUAACCAUAUUGACCAAAAUGGAAAUCCUGUCGAUUUAGAACCUUUGUCACCGUGUAUAAUAGAAUGUGUCAAGAUACAGAGAGAAAUAAAGGAACAUAUAUCACCUAUAAACAAAGUUUCACCCACUACCUUUAAUUCAGAAGAUAUAGUAAAUGAGAAAGACGAAUCUUUACCUGAGGAAGAGAUAAGUAUACCUGAUGAGGAGGAUGAGAAUUAUUCUUCUGACGAGGACGAGAUAAAUGAUAUAGAUACAAUGCUUUCUGAAGAUGCUGGAUAUUACUAUGAUUUAAAUAGCAGUAAUGUAACUUAUAAAAAAUCGAUUAGCGCAUAUUAA